AUGAGGUGUGACGAUGGCUUAAGUUAUCGUAAGGCCAGGUUUGACUAUGGCUUAAGCUAUCGUAAGGCCAGGUGUGACGACGGCUUUAGUUAUCGUAAGGCAAGGUGUGACGAUGGCUUUAGUUAUCGUAAGGCCAGGUGUGACGAUGGCUUUAGUUAUCGUAAGGCCAGGUGUGACGAUGGCUUUAGUUAUCGUAAGGCCAGGUGUGACGAUGGCUUUAGUUAUCGUAAGGCCAGGUGUGACGAUGGCUUUAGUUAUCGUAAGGCCAGGUGUGACGAUGGCUUUAGUUAUCGUAAGGCCAGGUGUGACGAUGGCUUUAGUUAUCGUAAGGCCAUGUGUGACGAUGGCUUUAGUUAUCGUAAGGCCAGGUGUGAGGAUGGCUUUAGUUAUCGUAAGGCCAGGUGUGAGGAUGGCUUUAGUUAUCGUAAGGCCAGGUGUGACGAUGGCUUUAGUUAUCGUAAGGCCAUGUGUGACGAUAGCUUUAGUUAUCGUAAGGCCAUGUGUGACGAUUGCUUUAGUUACCGUAUGGCCAUGUGUGACGAUAGCUUUAGUUAUCGUAAGGCAAUGUGUGACGAUGGCUUUAGUUACCGUAUGGCCAGGUGUGACGAUGGCUUUAAUUAUCGUAAGGCCAGGUGUGACGAUGGCUUUAGUUACCGUAUGGCCAGGUGUGACGAUGGCUUUAGUUAUCGUAAGGCCAGGUGUGACGAUGGCUUUAGUUACCGUAUGGCCAUGUGUGACGAUGGCUUUAGUUAUCGUAAGGCCAUGUGUGACGAUGGCUUUAGUUAUCGUAAGGCCAGGUGUGACGAUGGCUUUAGUUAUCGUAAGACCAGGUGUGAGGAUGGCUUUAGUUAUCGUAAGGCCAGGUGUGAGGAUUGCUAA